UAAAUAUGGAAUCUAAAAAAACUUUGGACCCGAGACUUCUAAGUGCGAUUCAAGACAAAUUACUUAUGAAGCUCUUCAAACACAAAAAGAUUACAUUCAAAAAUGAGGUUCCUCAACGAAGAUCUAAAAGAGUUGAAUUUGAAUCACAAAAGAAGUCAAAAACUUUUUAUAGAGAUAAAGCGAAGGAUCUUAUUGAAAGAUAUUCAGGGAUGAACACAGAGGACUCCAAAUAUUACCUUGUGAAAGUGAAUGUCAGAAUGAAUAGAAAUAUCAGGUCUCCUGGGAGACAAACCAGGCUUUUAUCACCUCUUAAAGGCCAAGUUCGAAAAAGGACUCUUCACAAAAGUCCUGUAACUGUGAGAAAUUUUGGAGUAAUCUUAAAUGUAAAAAGUAACCUUGCCUGUCGAUACAAGAGAAGCCAAUACAAGAAUAAAGAAGAGUCUUGCAGAAUGAGGAUUGGAGUGGAGAAUGGGCGAAGAAGGAAGCAAAGCGAGGGGCAGAAGAAGAUUCAGGUGAAGAAAUUUAGACGUCCUUUGAAGCUUAUUUCGUAUAAGAGGAAUAGAUUACAGACUCCUAUGGAGACUAUUACAGAGGAAAGUAAGAGCAUGAUAAAUUCAGGAAAAAGACUUAUAUAAGUUAAACAGUACAAUAUCUUUAUUAAACAUACUCUCAUUUUCA